AUGUCAGAUUAUGGAGCAGUCCCAUUUGCACUAAUGAUAGUGAUAGUAAUUUACAUAGUAAUUGGAGAAUACUUUAAAUCAAUUCACGUAUUCAUGUAGUCGUCAUUGCUUAGUUCCAUUUGAUCCAUGAAACAAGUUUUGGGAUAAUAAUGGGAAUGAUUGUAGGCCUGUUAUUGAAAUGGAUGGAUGAGAAUGCAUAUGCAUAAUUUGUAUGAAAAAUCUUAUUAUUUAGUUUUCAUUGAAUGCAACAAUCUUUUUUUAUUUGCUUUUACCAUUAAUAAUUUUUUCUGGAGGAUACAAUUUAAAAAAGAAGCAAUUCCUUAAGAAUUUCAAAUACAUUGUUUCUUUUGGAUUUCUAAGUACAUUAAUUAACUUUAUAAUAACAUUGUCGUUGACAAUUGCAUUUAAUUCAUGGAGUAAGAAUUUACGAAUUAUUAAUAUAGAAUUGGUUAGAUUAGGAACAAAUCUGGAUUCACAUCUUUCAUUGAGUUAUGAUGAGAUGAUUAAAUAUAGUGCAACGAUAUGUGCAACGGAUUCUGUUGCAGCUCUAAACUUAAUUCCAUCUCAAUAAUAUCCUAAAUUGUUUAGUGUUGUUUUUGGAGAAGGCAUGGUUAAUGAUGCUGUUUCUAUUAUAAUCUUUCAAGCAGUGACAAUAUUAUAAUAAAGUGGAAAAUCCUUUGAAUGGUACACUCCGUUUGAAUUUAUUGGUCGAUUCUUAGAAAACUGUAUAAUUUCUUUAUUGAUUGGUGUUUUUGUUGGAUUAUUUUCUACUUGGUGUUUUAAGAAAUGCAGAUUUUUGACAAAAACUACAACUACUGAAACAGUGUUUGCAUUCUUAAUGGCUUAUAUGGGUUAUUCAAUAUGUGAGAUGCUCAAUUUGAGUGGAGUUAUAAGUUUAUUAAUGAUAGGAAUUAUGAUGAGUCAUUAUUAAGGAUACAAUAUUAGUCAGUUAGGUAGAGUCACAACAAGAGUUACGUUUGAAUCUUUGUCAUUAGGUGCAGAAGCAUUUCUUUAUGUUUUUUUGGGAUUUGCUAUGUGGAAUCAAACUACUUAUUACAGCCCACUUACUUAAGAUCUUUAUUAUGUUGAAGUAUCAUGGGUUUUCACUCUUUUACAAUUGGGUGUGGUUAUGCUUGCUAGAUAUUUAAGCAUUUAUAUUGUAUAAUGGAUAUCUGUAGCGUAAUAUAUUAUUUCUAUUUUUAGUAUUUAAGGUCCUAAAGUUUGGAAAUUAACUAAAUAUGAAAUGAGCAUCUGUUGUUUUGCUGGAAUGGUCAGAGGAAGUGUUGCUUUCGCUCUAAUUGAAACUCUCUCUGCUUCUCCAACAGAUGGCUUAUAAAUUAACUAAAUAAAUAUACUUCAAAGUUGUGUACUCUACAUCGUAAUUGUUACUACAUUGAUUUUUGGCACAGCCAUGCCUUUCUUUAUAAAUAUAUAGAUUAAAAAAUAAUAAGAGGAGGAGGAACGUAAAUCUAAUAGUGAGGUUCCUACUCCAGUAAUUACAAACUCUCCUAAAAAAAAAGAAUUAAGUGAAGCUUAAAAAAUUAUUAAAUAUAUGGAUGAACACUAUUUCAAAAGGUGGUUCAUUUUUGAUUAUGAAAAACGUAAAGAAUAAAUCAAUUAAGAAAAAAAAUAAAUUAAAAAGGAAACCUUAUAAGAAAUUUAUGAGAAAGCCUUUAGUGAAACUAGUGAGGAUGAAUCAGUCAAGUAAAGAAAUGAAGAUUUCAUAUCUUUACCAACCAUUGAAGAAAAACCUACAUCUCCAUUAAUCGUUAAAAUGUAAGAAUUAUCAUAACAAAUUUGAAUUAUAUUU